GGUCGUGGCAGGACUUGACAGGUUUGAGCUUCUUGUGUUUUCUCCCAGUAUGUCUUUCUCUCACUACACAGUAAUCAAUUUAUUUCACACCAUAUUUUGAGGCAAAAGUUUUGUAUUUUUCAUCGUGUUUGUGCAGAAAUAACUGGUGAAUGUUGUAUAUUGUGUAUAUUAAACACGGUACCGUGUGUCGGCCGCGGGGCUGGAUGACGUCACCGCGAGGGCGAGUUCUCCGGCACGCGCAGGCAUCGGUCGCGGCGGUAAUACCGCGCUGAAUGGAAUCGCCGGACAGAUGCAGAUAACCGAACACGACUGAUACCAUGGAGUCUCAGCGGUGGAGGAGAGACGUGUCACUAUCACAACAUUCAGGGAAUAACUCUCUCCUCACACCUGGAGUCAUCACGAUGGCCCCGGACCACAACAGAUCCACUCCAGUGGUCGCCCUGGAGACGCCCAUCUUCCUCAUGACACCCGCCGCUCAAACCAUCUCUGGAUUCUUCACAUGGACGGCUCUUCUGCUCACCUGUCAGCAGAUCUACAUGCACUUGAGGUAUUAUAAGUCUCCCAAUGAGCAGCGGCACAUCGUCAGGAUUCUCUUCUUUGUGCCCAUCUAUGCCUUUGACUCAUGGCUCAGUCUGCUGUUCUUCACUAAUGAAGAGUAUUAUGUUUACUUUGACACCAUCAGAGACUGUUAUGAAGCGUUUGUCAUCUAUAACUUCUUGAGUUUGUGUUAUGAGUAUCUGGGAGGAGAAAGUGCCAUCAUGGCAGAGAUCAGAGGAAAACCCAUCCAGUCCAGUUGUGUGUAUGGCACAUGUUGUUUAUGGGGCAGAACUUAUUCCAUCGGUUUUCUGCGCUUCUGUAAACAGGCGACGCUGCAGUUCUGUGUGGUGAAACCUCUGAUGGCCGUCAUCACGCUGAUCCUUCAGGCCUUUGGGAAAUACAGAGACGGAGAUUUCAAUGUGGCGAGUGGUUAUUUAUACGUCACCAUCAUCUAUAACAUCUCGGUCAGUCUCUCUCUCUACGCUCUCUUCCUCUUCUACUUCGCCACGCGAGAUCUGUUGGAGCCGUACGGUCCAAUGCUGAAGUUCUUCAUGGUUAAAUCUGUCAUCUUCCUCUCGUUCUGGCAGGGGAUGCUGUUGGCUAUCCUGGAGAAAUGCGGUGCGAUUCCUCGGAUCAACUCUCCUGAUGUCAGUGUGGGGGAGGGGACUGUUGCCGCCGGUUACCAGAACUUCAUCAUCUGUAUUGAGAUGUUCUUCGCCUCUCUGGCGCUCAGACACGCAUUCACACACAAGAUCUACAUGGACAAGACGCUCAACGCUCAGGGGUGUGUUCCUAUAUAUGGUCAGUAUGGUUGUCGUGGUCCUAUGAGUAUCUCCAGCAGUCUGAAGGAGACGAUGAAUCCGGGCGACAUGCUUCAGGACGCCAUUCAUAACUUCUCUCCUGCGUAUCAGCAGUACACACAACAGAGCCGAACAGAACCUCAGCUGAGCCGAUCCAACAGCACCAAUGAGAAAACACUUCUGCUCAGCUCAGACGACGAGUUCUGACACACACACACACACACACACAGGCUCUGUGCUAAACCCUUGUAAGCUGCCUUUGUAGACAUCAUGUUCAUGAGUAAUCUUAACUGUUGAGGGACGUCAUAUUAUAUACAUCUUAAAACAAUGUCACAUACUCUCCACUGAUGAGUCAAUCCCAGAAUGCACUGCAGACAAACUCAGAGUAAUGUCUCUUCUAGUUGGAUAUGUUGAGCGGAACAUAUAUCAUCAAAUUGACAGCAAUCUACGUGUAACAUUAGGAGUCGCUUCCUGUAAACAACAUUUUAGAUCAUUCACUUUCCCUUUAACAAGUUUCACAGUGUGUCUUGUCUGCUUAUGUAUACAUCAGAGGGUGAGACAGCUCACUAUAGGGUUUAUAACAGAGCAGACUGACUGAUACUAAGAGUGAUGUGAUGAUGACAUAUACACACACUACAGAUCUUCACAUGUGUAUUUGAGAGUGAUGUUCAGAUACAUUCAUACUGUGAAGUGUGUGGAGAAUAAAGUGCUGUAUAAUAAACUACAGGAGCAUCUGUGUACUACAGUCUGAUCUCAUGAAAUAAAUGUGACAGUGAUUGAUUGAAAUGAAACAAACUCCUGCAGAUCUGAAGUGAAAUAUUCACUGCUGCCAAUAAAGGUGAGUUUCUUUA